UUUUUGUACCUGCUCGACUAGCUGGGCAGCAUUACUGGUAUCAGCCAAUGUUGGGGGAGGUGCACCUCCCCCAAGCAACGAGGACAUUUUCUUGCCUUGUCACUCUGUAGGUGGACGUCAACAUGUUAUCAACAAAGAAAUCUGUCUAUGAGGAAGAGGUAUCCUGUCCCCAGUGCUCCAACAUUUAUUCUUAUCCUGUUCGUUUACUAUGUGGACACAACAUUUGCAAGCUUUGCCUGCAAAACUUCUGGGAAUGGAAAAAGUGUCAAGAAUGUCCCGUGUGCGGCACUGAGUCUUCCUCUGGGACGCCUCCUGUCAAUUUGGAUCUGGUGUUAGCUGUGGAACAGCUUCAAAACAGAAGGACCAUGACUCAGGAGACUUGUCCACUUCAUAAUGAGAAGCUGAAAGUUUUUUGCAACAACGAUGAAGUACCUAUCUGUCUUGUCUGCCAAAUAUCAAGAGAACAUAAAGUACACAGGUGCUGCCCAGUGGAGGAAGCAGCUCAACAGAAAAAGGCUGAAAUUUCCACCAUUCUUGAGUCCUUAAGAAAGAAAGUGAGAACAAUGAGUAAAACAAAACAUCAAUGGGAGGAAACAAAAACCUAUUUAAAGAUUCAAGGUUAUCAAAUCGAGAUGGCGAUUAAGGAGGAAUUUCUGCAGCUUCACCAGUUCCUCAAGGAUGAAGAGGACAUGAGGCUGAGGUUGCUCAAACAGGAAGAAGAAAUAAAAAUCCAGGUCAUGUGUAAUAAGAUAAAAAUUGUAGAAGAGGAGAUAAAGGCUCUCAACACCACCAUCAGCAAAGUAGAUCUAGUGCUCAAAGCAAAGGAUUUGCCAUUUUUACAGGAAUACAAGCAAACAAAGCAAAGCGUCAGACACAACAUCCAGGAGCCCGAAAGCAUCCGAGACAUAUUGAUUAAUUCUACCAAGCAUCUGGGAAUACUCAAGUUUGCAGUUUGCAAGGAGAUGUUAAAAACUGUCAAAUAUGCGUCAGUCGUUCUGGACCCAAACACGGCCCAUUUCAACUUGAAAUUGUCCCAAGAGUUGACCAGGGUGCAGUAUAGCAAUAAGAUGCUUCUUCCCGACAACCCUGAACGUUGCACCAGCCGCAUGUGUGUGCUGGGAGCCACUGGUUUUACAUCUGGGAAGCACAGCUGGACUGUAGAGGUGGGCCACAGCAAAGAUUGGUACAUCGGGGUUGCCCGUGAGUCCAUCAAAAGGAAAAGCACCUCCUUCCUCAGCCCUGAUGAGGGUUACUGGGUGAUCGGCCAGUGCAGCAAAGAAUCCCUCUGGGCUCAGACCUCGCCUCGCACCAGGAUCUCUAUAAAGCAGAUGCCUGAGAGGAUUACGGUGCAGCUGGACUGCGACAAAGGAAAGGUAGUCUUCAUCAACGCUGCCAACUUAGCAGCGAUACACACGUUCAGAGACAAAUUUACUGAGAAAGUCUUUCCCUACUUCUCUGUUGGAUUGUGUGAGGACUGGAAAAACUCGGGCCCACUCACGGUCUGCCCUGUGACAAUGAAAGUGGUCCCAGAGACAGCUUAAGAAAGUGUUCAGCUCAGAAGCAACAACAACACAAGUAAAUGUAAAUAUUUUAACAUAUAAUUAGAACAAAGCACCAUUUUGUAUGAAAUGAAAGUCAUUGGAGUAUUUGGGGUUGAAUAUUUGAGCUAUUUUAUUUAGUCAGAACCAAGUCUUCAAAUUCAAUAAACUACCAAGCUGA